CAGUUCAGCAUCAGCAUGGAGGCGCCGCCCGCGCCCCCCUUCCGGCCCUCGCAAGGCUUCCUGAGCCGCCGCCUCAAGAGCUCCAUCAAGCGCACCAAGAGCCAACCCAAGCUCGACCGCACCAGCAGCUUCCGGCAGAUGCUGCCCCGCUUCCGCAGCGCCGACCACGACCGGGCCCGGCUCAUGCAGAGCUUCAAGGAGUCGCACUCGCACGAGUCGCUGCUGAGCCCCAGCAGCGCCGCCGAAGCCCUCGAGCUCAACCUGGACGAGGACUCCAUCAUCAAGGCCGUGCACAGCAGCAUCCUGGGCCAGGAGUUCUGCUUCGAGGUCACCACGGCCUCCGGCACCAAGUGCUUCGCCUGCCGCUCGGCCGCCGAGCGCGACAAGUGGAUCGAGAACCUGCAGCGGGCCGUCAAGCCCAACAAGGACAACAGCCGCCGGGUGGACAACGUGCUGAAGCUGUGGAUCAUCGAGGCGCGCGACCUGCCGCCCAAGAAGCGCUACUACUGCGAGCUGUGCCUGGACGACAUGCUCUACGCCCGCACCACCAGCAAGGCGCGCACCGACAACGUCUUCUGGGGCGAGCACUUCGAGUUCAACAACCUGCCCGCCGUGCGCACCAUCCGCCUCCACCUCUACAAGGACACCGACAAGAAGCGCAAGAAGGACAAGAGCAACUACGUGGGCAUGGUGAGCAUCCCCAUCGCCAGCGUGACGGGCCGCCACUUCGCCGAGCAGUGGUACCCGCUGAGCCAACCCAGCGGCAGCAAGAGCAAAGCCGGGUGCCCGGCGCUGCGGGUCAAGAGCCGCUUCCAGACCAUGAGCAUCCUGCCCAUGGAGCUCUACAAGGAGUUCGCCGAGUACGUCACCAACAACUACCGCAUGCUGUGCGCCGUGCUGGAGCCCGUGCUCAGCGUCAAGAGCAAGGAGGAGGUGGCCUGCGCCCUCGUGCACAUCCUGCAGAGCACCGGCAAGGCCAAGGAUUUCCUGUCGGACAUGGCCAUGACGGAGGUGGAUCGGUUCAUGGACCGGGAGCACCUGAUCUUCCGGGAAAACACGCUCGCCACGAAAGCCAUAGAGGAGUACCUGAAGCUCAUUGGCCAGAAAUACCUCAAGGACGCCAUCGGUGAGUUCAUCCGGGCGCUGUACGAGUCGGAGGAGAACUGCGAGGUCGACCCCAUGAAGUGCUCGGCCUCCACCUUGGCCGACCACCAGGCCAACCUGCGCAUGUGCUGCGAGCUCGCCCUCUGCAAGGUGGUCAACUCGCACUGCGUGUUCCCCCGCGAGCUGAAGGAGGUGUUCGCCUCGUGGCGGCUGCGGUGCGCCGAGCGGGGCCGCGAGGACAUCGCGGACCGGCUCAUCAGCGCCUCGCUCUUCCUGCGGUUCCUGUGCCCCGCCGUGAUGUCGCCCAGCCUCUUCGGCCUCAUGCAGGAGUACCCCGACGAGCAGACGGCUCGCACCCUCACCCUCAUCGCCAAGGUCAUCCAGAACCUGGCCAACUUCACCAAGUUUGGCAGCAAGGAGGAGUACAUGGCCUUCAUGAACGAGUUCCUGGAGCUGGAGUGGGCCAGCAUGCAGCAGUUCCUUUACGAGAUCUCCAACCUGGACACCCUCACCAACAGCACCAGCUUUGAGGGCUACAUCGACCUGGGCCGCGAGCUCUCCACGCUGCACGCCCUCCUCUGGGAGGUCAUGUCCCAGCUCAGCAAGGAGGCGCUGCUGAAGCUGGGCCCGCUGCCGCGGCUGCUGACGGACAUCAGCGUGGCCCUGAGGAACCCCCACGUGCAGCGGCAGCCCAGCCACCAGGGCGAGCGGCUGCAGGCCAAGCCCCUGGUGCUGCGCGGGCCCUCGGCCGACCUCCAGCCCUACGUCAUGAGGGACCUCAACAGCUCCGUCGACCUCCAGUCCUACAUGGUGCGAGGCCUCAACAGCUCGGUGGACAUGGCGCGCCUGCCCUCGCCGGCCAAGGAGAAGGCCUCCAAGGACGUGUUCUUCGUGGCGCGGCCGCCGUUGGCCCGCUCGUCGCCCGCCUACUGCACCAGCAGCUCGGACAUCACGGAGCCCGACGCCAAGAUGCUGAGCGUCAACAAGAGCGUCUCCAUGCUGGACCUGCAGGACAGCCGCAUGAACAGCGUCUCCAACCUCCAGACCGUCGGCGACCUCCUCAACUCCAGCCAGGCCUCCAUCGGCGGCGGCCUCCGUCCCAGCCGCCUCUCGCAGGGCAGCGCCUCCAGCCUGGCGCCGGGGCUGCGCCUGGGCGUCCCCGGCGAGGGGCCGCCGCUCCGCGUGCCCUUGUCCUUCCAAAACCCCCUCUUCCACCUGGCGUCGGACGGGCCGGCCCGCGCCGAGGCCAACCCCGAGGUGGUGACGCCGGCGGCGCCGCCGCCGCCGUCGUCCUUCGCCCCCUUCCACGGCUACAGCCGGAGCGAGGACCUGGCGGCCGGCGCCAAGCACAUCACCCACAGCCACAGCUACAGCGACGAGUUCGGGCGCCCCGGCGGCGAUUUCGGCAAGCGGCAGCUCUCGCUGCAGGACAACCUGCACAACGCCCUGGUGGUGCCGCCGCCGCCGCCGCCGCCGCCGCCGCAGAUCACCAUCGGGGCGGCCCCGGCUCCCCGGCCGCCUCCGGCGCCCCGCGCCAAACCCCAUCAGCUCACCGUCGGGGCGGCUGCCCCCGGCGGCGGCGGCGGCGGCGGCGGGGCCACCGUCACCACGCACAAGCCCCGGCCGGCCAGCGGCAACCUGCUGCAGUCGCCUGAGCCCACCUAUGGGCCCCCCAGGUCCCGGCAGCCCUCCCUCGCCAAGGAGGCCUCCGUCGCUGGGCUCAAGCCCACCAUCACGAAGCAGGCCUCGCAGACCCCGUCGACGCUGAACCCGGUGCUGCCGGCGGCGGAGCGCACGGUGGCCUGGGUGUCCAACAUGCCCCACCUGUCGGCCGACAUCGAGAGCUCCCACAUCGAGCGCGAGGAGUACAAGCUCAAGGAGUACUCCAAGUCCAUGGACGAGAGCCGGCUGGACCGGGUGAAGGAGUACGAGGAGGAGAUCCACUCGCUCAAGGAGCGGCUGCACAUGUCCAACCGGAAGCUGGAGGAGUACGAGCGGCGCCUGGUGUCGCAGGAGGAGCAGACGAGCCGCAUCCUGCUGCAGUACCAGCACCGCCUGGAGCAGAGUGAGAAGCGCCUGCGGCAGCAGCAGGCCGAGAAGGACUCGCAGAUCAAGAGCAUCAUCGGCAGGCUGAUGCUGGUGGAGGAGGAGCUGCGCAGGGAUCACUUGGGCGCCCACGACGCCUCCGAGGGCCGCAAGCGCCUGCUCGACGCUCAGCUGUCCGUCAGGUAGCUCGGCCCGGCCCUGCCUUUGUCACGGGACCCCUCGGCCUCCGGUGACACGCCAG